AUGUUGCCACUCUUGAUCUCCUCAAUUAUCCUCGCCUUGGCUCGCUCGGCCUUGGCUGACACCUGCUCGUCCGUGGAAGCCCUCCGCUACAUCAGCGUAACCCGCUCCCUUGACCUCGCUUACAUUGAAGAGCAAUCCCAAUACUGGUCCACGUCAUGCUCAGCUCUGCAGCCUUCUUGCAUCAUCUUUCCCAAGUCAUCGGAGGAGGUCUCCACCGUUGUGAAGAUCCUUGCGAACACGACCGAAAAGUUCGCCGUCAAAAGUGGCGGGCACAAUCCCAACAACGGCUUCUCGAGUGUGCAAGGUGGGCCCUUGAUCGUCACCGAGCAUCUUGACCAAGCGAGUGUGAAUCAAGACACUGGUGUCAUUGACGUAGGGCCGGGCAACCGACUGGAUGGAAUUGCAGCGAAGUUGCAAGGGAGUGGAUGGACGUUCGUUGGUGGUAGAAUCGGGAACACCGGCGUAGGUGGGCUCGUGCUUGGUGGUGGAUUGUCCUACAUGUCGGCACAGUACGGAUGGGCGGCAAGCCAGGUCCUUGAGUACGAAAUCGUCUUCGCCAAUGGGACUAUUGGCCAUGUCAAUAAUGACAACCACCCCGAUCUAUUCAAGGCCUUGAAAGGGGGCGGGAACAACUUUGGCAUUAUCACAAACUACAGGUUGCAAGGGCAACGUCAAGGAAACGUGUGGGGCGGCAAUCUGGUGUACUUGAGGACAACGGAGAAAGACAAGAAGCUUCUCCAAGCAGUACGUGAUUUUACCGAGUACAACGACGACCCCAGGGCUGCUGUCAUCGUGACCGCAGAGCGCACCAAUGUCGACGUAGUGGACUCAUGGAUCAUCUUCCUCUUCUACGAUGGCCCGUCUCCUCCAGCAGGCAAGUUCGACAACUUCACCGACGCCAACCCGCUGAUGGACACCACGCGAGAGCGCACAUACGCCGAUCUGAUGGCCUCGAGCAACUGGGUUGUCCUGAAAGGAGUGGUGGUGGACAUUGCCACGGAAACGAUCCCGCUCCCCAGGGCUGAAGAUGACGUCAAGGUGAUGGAGGAGUUACACAACCACUGGAGGAACGUCACUGAGACUACGCUGCUUGAGCCUGGCAUCGUCGCGUCCAUUGCGUGGCAACCGUUUCCCAAAGCCAUCGCCAGGGAAGCUCGUGCGCGCAGUCCCGAUCUCAUCGACGCGGAUGACUCCGUUGAUCGAAUCAUCAUCGAGAUGAAUUACGCCUUCGCCCUCCAAUCGAGCUACGAUAGAAUGGCCGACACGAUGGAGGCAACGUACGGAGGCGUCCGGGAGCGAGUGCUGGGCUGGAAGGAGGAUAGGACACUUUCAGAAAGUUAUGAUCCUGUGUUCAUGAACUAUGGCUUCUUCCGCCAAGACUACUUUGGGAGGCUGAAGCCAGAGAACAGGGCGCUGGCGAAAAGGGUGCAAGAGGAAGUAGACCCAGGUGGGCUCUUCCGGACCAGGACCGGUGGAUGGAGGCCCUAA